AUGCUUCUCUCGCUUCCGACUGAGUUGGUUGAGCUCAUCCUCAGAACGUGCGACACAACAACAUACCUCCAGCUCGCUUUCAGCUGUCGGACUCUGCUGUCAAUUGCAACGAACGGUCGAGAGCUCAUAACCCAUCACCUCAAGAAUACGCCUGGCUGUCUCAAUGAUGACUACCUCGGAUCAGCAUCCAACAGGCAAUUGUUCCGAUUGCUUGUUCACCUAUCAUACCACCAACUCUACGGCGCAGAGUUCUACUCUGAACGCAAGCUUUUCAACUUUCCAAACAAGGUACUCGAUACUCGUGCUUCAUCCCUCAGAUUCGGUUCUCUCGAUAACGUCGCUCUCGUCUUCAAAAAUGAUGAAACCACUUACCGCUGUCGAAUAACUCAAGAAUGGAGUGAGCGUAUAAGACUCAAUUUUCCACUGAAGUCGCCGGCGAGCAAACUUGGAAAGAGGGAGAUCCUUUUCACUGCCCAUGGGGGCAAUGAAAGAGCUGACGGGGAAAAUUUCUAUGGGACCUACGUUCUGCACCGCUUCAAACCAUUUAUUGACCAGAGCGAUACCGACCAUCCUUUCAUUCAGCAAGCAAUGCAGUCUAGCCCCGACGGAAACAUUUUCCUUGCUUUCCACGCGGAUCGCCCAUCUCGCGACGUUUACAUUUACAGCUUCCCUGACGAGCAGGAAUAUGAGCCUGUCGCUCUCGCGGCUGCCCCAUCUCGGGACAUAGGUUUCAAAUUUGCUAUUUCGUGGCAGCAUCGCCAUCAUCACAAUGACCAUCAUGUAAUGCUUUAUGCAAACGCGGACGAUGAUGAGGACGACGACGAUUUGGAGCAAGAUGAAACGAUUCAAAUGAAAGGAUCGAGAUACGAUUCUUGCGUUCUCACUGAGAGCAUCGAGACCGCGGCCGAGACAAGCGGCCAGGGGUUCAGUCACGAAGAAAUCGAGAGAAGAGGCCCCGCAAUGAAGUUAGCUUUCAAAGACGAAUGGAGCCAAUUGCUACAUUAUCAUAGAGGGCAAACUCUCUACAGUUCAUUCCAAAAAGUUCGUUCACUGCCAUCGAUGGGUGCCUCAGAACAACCCAAAUUGGCCAACAAUGCUUGUCGAGUCAAAUUUUCAGACUCCCUAUCUCUGCAAUUCGCGAUCGAUCUUCCAUUCUUCAGCAAGCAUGAACCAGGCGACGAGCUCCCGGGCGGCCGAUGUCACUGGCAAUAUCUUGCCGUCGGCAUUGCCACUCACCGAGUAGAGCACUGGACAGUAGCAUGCUUGCUCAAGUCCGAAGCCUUCUCUGGUCGGUGUGACCAUGAGCGGAAUCUUGACCGCGGACGGAGAUUCGACCAGUGGGAGAUCAUGGCCCGACUCGACGGAUAUCACGAAUCGAAUACCUCGCACAGAUCUCUGAUCACUGCUUCUUUCCGUGGUACUCGGAUCGCAGCUGCGAGCUGGAAAACGGUUACAAUUUGGGCACUGAACCCGGAUGCGUUGGUUGAGCGUAAUGAGAGCGGUUUCUACCCUGAAUCAUGGAAGUCGUCGACAAUCGGUGUGACGGAGCUACCGCCUAUCGUCAUUGAUCUGGGUGCAGUCUGCUCACAGAUUGAAUUCACAGUCGACGAGAAUGAAUUGAUUGCUAUCACGGAUCGGGGACUGAUGGUCUUAACUCUCAAGCCGGAUGGCAGGGGGGUGGAAGUUGUUGAGAACUGCAAGGGCAUUUUUAACAGCGAUGGUAUUCCGGAGCAUGGCCCAAUAAAAGUACUGAACUACUCCGAGUCAGAAGAAGAAGAAGAAGAAGAAGAAGAAGAAUAA